AAACAACCCAACAGACCAAAACAAAAGGAGCGGCUCCAUGCGUCCAGCAGCAGCAGCAGCAGUAGCAGCCUCCGCCCUCAGCAGCGAUAUUUUUAUGGUUCACAGCGUCACAGCCCCCCGGCCGGAGGAAUGUAGAGACGGACCGCUUUAAAAAUAGCAUCCUCCGCUGUGACCCGCCGCUCCGGAGGCUGCGCCGCACUGUGGUGCCAGAAGCAGGAAUGCGAAGAUGGCUGCAGACCUCGGAGAGCUGCUGGUCCCCUACAUGCCCACCAUCAGGGUGCCCCGGACCGGAGACAGGGUCUUCAAGAGCGAGUGCGCCUUCUCUUUCGACUCCCCGGAGUCUGAGGGAGGCCUGUAUGUGUGCAUGAACACAUUCCUGGGCUUCGGACGGGAACAUGUGGAGAGACAUUAUCGCAAAACCGGACAGAGUGUCUACAUGCACCUCAAACGACACGUCAAAGAGAAAGCCACAGGAGCUGCAGGGGGCGCUAUCCCCAGACGCAGGAACGGAAAAGUGUUUCUAGAUUUAGAGCUAAACCGCGACUUUAACGGAGAGGACUAUGAGUACGAAGACGAGGCCAAGCUGGUCAUUUUUCCAGACCACUUCGAGAUCCCGUUACCAAAUAUUGAGGAGCUGCCGGCUCUGGUGACCAUCGCCUGCGAUGCUGUGCUCAACGCACCGUCGGCCUAUAAGAAGCAGGAGCCAGAGUCGUGGGAGGAGGAGAUCCAGGUCUCCAGACAUGCCAGGAGCCUCCGACAGCUGGAUAACGGCGUCCGAAUCCCACCCAGCGGCUGGAAAUGUCAGAAAUGCGAGUUGAGGGAGAACCUGUGGCUGAACCUGACGGACGGAGCGGUGCUUUGUGGGAAAUGGUUCUUCGAUGGGAGUGGAGGCAACGGCCACGCUCUGGAGCACUACAGGGAAACCAACCAUCCGCUGGCCGUCAAGCUGGACACCAUCACCCCAGACGGAGCAGAUGUCUAUUCAUUCGAGGAGGAGGAAGCUGUGCUGGAUCCUCACAUAUCAGAGCACUUGUCACACUUUGGAAUAGACAUGCUGCAGAUGCAGAAACGAACAGAGAACGGCCACCACACAGACAACAACUCCAGGCCGAGGGUCAGCGAAUGGGAGGUGAUCCAGGAGUCGGGAAUGAAGCUGAAGGCGGUUUUCGGUUCUGGUUACACAGGAAUCAAAAACCUGGGAAACAGCUGCUACCUGGGAACAGUCCUGCAGGUCCUCUUCAGCAUCCCAGACUUCCAGAGGAUGUAUGUGGGAAAUCUGCAGAGGAUAUAUGACUAUUCACCUCUUGACCCCACCCAGGACUUCGCCACACAGAUGGCUAAACUGGGACACGGACUGCUCUCAGGCCAGUACGCCAAACCGCCCAUGAAAUCUGAGCUCAUUGAACAGGUGAUGAAAGAAGAAUACAAGGUAUUAAACUGGCAGCAGCAGAAAGGUGUCUCUCCGCGGAUGCUGAAGUCUUUGGUCAGCAGAGGACAUCCAGAGUUUUCCUCCAACAGACAACAAGAUGCUCACGAGUUCCUGCUGCACAUCAUCAACCUGGUGGAGAGGAACAGCGCAGGAUCAGAGAAUCCGAGCGACGUUUUCCGUUUCCUGGUGGAGGAGCGAGUUCAGUGCUGCCAGACUCGUCGGGUUCGUUACACUCAGCGGGUGGAUUAUUGCAUCCAGCUGCCGGCUCCCAUCGAGGCGGCCACUAACCGAGAGGAGCUGCUGGCGUACGAAGCCAAGCGUAAGGAGGCUGAGGAGAACAUGAGGGCUCCUCCAGAACCAGUCAGAGCUCGAAUCCCGUUCACCGCCUGCCUGCAGGCCUUCACAGAACCCGAAAACGUCCCCGACUUCUGGAGCUCAGCGCUGCAGGCCAAGUCAGCGGGAGUCAAAACUUCCCGUUUCGCUUCGUUCCCAGAAUACCUGAUUGUGCAGGUCAAGAAAUUCACAUUCGGAGUCGAUUGGGUGCCCAAAAAGCUAGACUUGGCCAUAGAGGUUCCAGACUUCCUGGAUCUGAACCGGCUCCGAGCCACCGGGCUGCAGGCCGGUGAAGAGGAGCUGCCGGACCUCAUGCCUCCCAUCGUGUUACCUGAAGACACCAGAGAUAACUCCAUGAGCUCCAUAGACUCGCCAGAAAUAGACGAGGCGGCCGUGAUGCAGCUGGCGGAGAUGGGAUUCCCUCUGGAGGCCUGCAGGAAGGCGGUUUACUACACGGGCAACAUGGGCCCCGAGAUGGCCUUCAACUGGAUCAUAGCACACAUGGAGGAGCCCGACUUUGCGGAGCCUCUCCUGCUGCCCUCCAUGAUGGAUCCCGGCCCGUCCACCAGCGACAGCCCCGUCGGCGCCGCCCCGCUGGGCAGCUCGCCCCCCGAGGAGAGCAUCGCCAUCCUCACUUCAAUGGGCUUCCCUCGCAACCACAGCAUCCAGGCGCUCAAAGCCACGAACAACAACCUGGAGCGAGCCCUGGACUGGAUCUUCACCCACCCGGAGGAGGAGGAGAGCGACGCCGUUUCAGACAUGGCCGACACGGAGCCCAACGACAACGCCUUCUCCAACGCUAACUCUCACAGCGACUCCACGCUGUCUCCGGACCGAGACACGACGGGCCCCCGGGUCAAGGACGGACCAGGAAGAUACGAGCUGUUUGCCUUCAUCAGCCACAUGGGAGCAUCAACGAUGUCCGGACAUUACGUUUGUCACAUCAAGAAGGAGGGAAGGUGGGUGAUCUACAACGACCACAAAGUGUGUUUGUCAGAACGGCCUCCUAAAGACUUGGGCUACGUCUACUUUUACCAUCGACUGUCGAGCAGCUAAACUGGAACUGCCGCAGCCUUUAAAUAAAACGCCGUCUUUGGCCCGGAGACCGGCUCACGACUGUAAUAACGAUGGAAACAACCUCUCAGACCAGCGGCCUGCCUUAUCGCCACGUCCUCCAGGAGCAACCAGGAAACUCUGGUCAGAAAAGGGAAAGCAGCGAGCUUGUCGUGCAUCUGUGUUACGCUUUAAAUGUAUAUUUCAGUGUUUAUGUCUCUCUAAAAAAGAAGAAGAUAAAAAGAAAACAGCGUAGGUACAGAGGGGUUUGUGCAAUUUCUACUUCAGGAGUCGGUAAGCUAACGUCACAUAUCAGAUCUCACUGUUCCUCCGCUCUGCCUUCGGCUGCUAUUUUCAAAGUGGUACAUUUUAUAAAUGUGUGUUUGACCCAAAAUGCUCCGAAACAGCAAAUGAGUAACUGCUGUGCUGCUCUGCAUUCGACUUUGAGAGAGUUUUUCACCCCCUGGAAACUGAAAGGACAAGAACAAGGAAGUAGUUUUGGUUGGUUACUGAUGGAGAUGUGGGUUUGAGAAUGAAGGAGCAGGUUGUAUUUGAAUAUUUACAGUAUUACAGGCUAAAUACUGCCCCAGAAAGUAUUAUUUCCUUCUCUGAAAGCACUUUUUCGCUAAAACAAGCUGCAGCAGAAGUGGACUUUAUAUCUUCACCACCUAUGAGCGAUUGAAUGUGAUUUAAUCUUCAGUCCUGUUGAACCUGUUAACCCUUGAAGUAUUCGUUCAUCUCAUUUCAUGUACAGAAAACACUUUUUUUAUUCCUUAUUUUUGCCCACAUCGCAGAAUAUUUGCUUUAACUCGGCUGCAGCUGCUCCUCUCCAGUUCCUUCAUCACUCUGACAGAUUCAGACUGCGACCCCAAAGUUAAAAUGAAUGUUUUUCCUUUUUCCUGAUGUGUUUUUUAAAAAAAUUAUUUACAGGUUAGUCAUCAGGAGUAUUUUCAGAGCAAUAUGCACUUCAACCAGAUCUACUCGUGAACCCACCGUUCGAUAGAAGCGUCUCUACAAUGUACGUACGUGUACAGCGCUGAAUGUGACAAAAAUAGGUAAAAUUACCCCAGAGACUAAAAAAUGCUGUAAAAAUGAUGCAAUAUUGCCACAAAAUUGGUGAAAUUACAUCAGAUAAAUGCAAAAUCACUACAAAAAUACAUAAAAUUUCCACAAAAAGAGGCAAAAUAACUAUAAAGAGAUGCAAAAAUUACCACAAAAAGACACAAAGUUAGGACAAAAAUAGGCAAAACUACCCCAGCGACUAAAAGUUGCUGUAAAAACAAUGCAAUAUUGCCACAAAAUGGGAAAAAUUACUACAAAUAAUCACAAAAUCACCACAAAAAUACACAAAAUUUCCACAAAAAGAUGCAAAAUUGUCACAAAGAAACAAAAUCACCACAAAAAUACACAAACUUUCCACAAAAAGAGGCAAAAUUUCCCUAAAAAGAUGCAAAAAUUACCACAAAAAGACACAAAAUCAGCAAAAAAACUUAAAAUUUUGUGCAAUUGCAACAAAAUAGGUGAAAUUACUACAAAUCACAAGAAAAAUAUGCAAAAUUUCCACAGAAAUAUAGGCAAAAUUACUGCGACAACUAAAAAUCACUGCAGAAAAGAUAUAAAUUCACAACAAUAAAGGCCAAAAUGGACAAAAACUGCAACCAAAUCAGUUUUACAUCCAUUGGGGUGUAACAGCCUGAAGACUAAAUCUGUCUUUUUAUUAUGGGAUGUGUCUUGGGGGGUAUUUCACCACUAAAAUGAAUGUUUUUCUUUUUCCAGACCAUCAGGAGUUUUUUCAGAGCAAUAUGAACCAGAUCUACUGGUUGGAUAGAAGCGUCUCUGAAAUGUACGUACGUGUGCAGCGCUGAAUGUAAACCUUUAUGGUGCUCACUGCAAACAAACUGCUUUAACUGGACGUUUAAAAUCGAUUCAGGAUCAAUUUAAUCUGCGUAACUCGUGCUUGUGAUCGUCAACAACAUCUCAACAUCUGGAUUCUUUCUGUUUACAGCCAAGGAUGUAUAAACUAAACGUAAACUGGACUGGAAAUGGUUUUAUUAUUAUUGUUGUUAUUGUUGCAUCUCAAAAGAUAAAGAACAAGCAUGUUGUGUGUUAAUUUGCUGGUGAAACUGCCUUUCAUUCAUUAAUGCACUGACAGGUGCUUAUUUAAAGAGGAGCUCUGCUGAAAAUAGACUCUCCAAAAGCAGGUUUUCUGUUUUGUUCUUGGCUCAAUAAAUGGUAUUUCUUAAGAAAAAUGAAGAAACUCUGUUAAAAUAGUGUCUGGAAAAUGAUUUCUUCUUCAGAAUAGCUGUCGAUAAUGUCAGAAAAAGUCACUAUAGUGUCUGUUCUGGAAGGAUAAUAUGGAAAUAUUUAAAUUAAUGUUCAUUUUUGAGAAUAAACUCACCUAGAGACUAGAAAUUGCUGCAAAAAUGAUGCAAUGUUGCCACAAAAUGGGUGAAAUUCCUACAAGUAGUCACAAAAUCAUCACAAAAAUACAUAAAAUUUCCACAAAAAGAUGUAAAAUUGCAACAAAAUUGCCACAAAAUGAGGUAAAAUAACAAUAAAAAGAUGUAAAAAUUGCCACAGAUUAAAAAUCACUGCAAAAAAGGUUAAAAUUAUUAUAAAAACAUGCAAAAAUAGGACAAAAACAGGCAAAACUACCCCAAGACUAAAAAUUGCUGCAAAAACGAUGCAAUAUUACCACAAAAUGGGUGACAUUGCUACAAAUAAUCACAAAAUCACCAUAAAAAUACACAAAAUUUCCACAAAAGGAUGCAGAAUUACCACAAAAAUACACAAAAUUUCCACAAAAACUGCAAAAUUGCAACAAAAACACAAAAUUUACACAAAAGAGGCAAAAUUGCCACAAAAAUGGGUGAAAUAGCUGCAAAUAAUCACAAAAUCACAAAAAUACACAAAUUUUAUACAAAGAGAUGCAAAAUUGCCACAAAAAUACAAAAAAAUCCAUAAAAAUGCAAGAUUGCCACAAAAUGCGUGAAAUUACUACAACUAAUCACAAAAUCAUCACAAAACACACAAAAUUUUCUUUAAAAAAGAGGCAAAAUAACCAUACAAAGAUGCAAAAAUUACCACAAAAAGACACAAAAUUUCCUCAAAACAAUAAGACACAAAAUCAACAGAAAAACUACAAAUUUGGUGCAAUAUUACCACAAAAUGGGUGAAAUUACUACAAAUAAUCACAAAGAUACACAAAAUUUCCACAAAAAGAUGCAACAUUGUCACACAAACACAAAACGAAAACAAUUUCUUCACAGUAUCUAUCAAUAAUAUCAGAAAAAGUCACUGGAGUUUGUCUUCUGGAGGAUAAUAUGGCAACAUUUCAAUGACUGUUUGUUUUGGAGAAUAAACUGGUGUUUCUGCAGGUCUCUCCUUUAACAACACUGUGCCUGGACUUCUAUCAGAUCUCAGCCUCUUACCUGACAAACUGCUGCACUGUUAAAAACACUGAACGUCUUCUAUGCAAGUCUUGUGUUUCUGCUCGUCCUCACCGGACCUCUGGGUGUUUUUCUGAAGAUGCUUCGUCUCAAACGUGUUCAGAUUUUCAUUUUUGUUGCCGCCGGUUCGUCUUUUCUGUCUCGGCUUUCCCUCCGGCUCGGUCUCUUCCGUUGUUCACGGUUCGGUUCACCACAAAAGGCCUCCUUCACUGUCAGCAUGUGCACUAGACGUUGACAUUUAGUCAUUUUGGAUUGUACAAUUGUACUUCUGUUUUUUUUCAUUUAACUAAAAAAAAAAGGUUCUUCAUCUGUUUUUACUCUGCUGCCUUUUUUUUUUUUUUUUGCAAAAACACAUUUGUGCCAAUUCUGUAGUUUUCAUGAUCUAGUUUUCCUGAAGGGAAAAAUAUUUUACGUUGACUUUUGUAAUGUUUCUCCAAAUACGGCUUCGGUGUCUAUGAGUAGAGUGGUGGCAGUUCAGUAACCCAGUGGCACUGUUUACUACAAUGUUUGGAUAAUUUAAUAAACUACACCUUUGGUGAAA